GGCCCCUCCUUGCCGACAUUGCUUCCCUUCUCUCUUUAUUAUUUGGCCUCUUCUUUUGUUUGUCGUGAGCUUGGUCAUUGGUGAUGAACUUCUGGGUGUGAGGUCGUCAUAUGGCUGGUGUUCCUCUUGCUCCUGGUGAUAGUGAGUGCGUGGAAUACUUUAAGGGGACGAAGGCUCGGGAAUGGAUUGUGGUUAGGCGACAGAGGUUUGGCGGUGCAUCCCGUUUAUUGACUAAGCUUGUUGGAGAAAGAUGGAUUUGAGCGAGAUUCCGAGUUUGGUUGACUGUUUUGCUGGAGGUAGUGACGAUGCCCUUGUUGAGUCUGGUCAGUGUACCGCCGGUGUGGAGCCUUCGGCAUCUGCUCGUAGUAUUGUUGCGGGUCUUACUAGUACGACAGUUCCUGUUCCGUUCGCUGGUGUUUUCGGAAAGGAAGUUUUUGUUGCGGGAGGCGAGAAGGUUGUGAAGAAAAGAGUUGCCGCUGGUCAUUCACCAAAAAACGUGCCCCCUUCGAAAUCUCGCAAAGUUGUGAGCUCUGAUGUCGAGCCGUCUUUGGUGGUUGAGUCGCCUGCUGCGGAGAAGGCUGCCUUUGAACCGUUUGAACAUUCAUUCAAUGGUUUGUCCUCGGGAUGUGGUGAUCUUUUUAAGUUGUUUCAAUCGCCGGGUGGCGUUGAUGGUUUGCCUUUUGACCACGGCAGGCGCGGUGAGUGGUAUCAGGAGUUCGCUCGUCACUUGGCUGUUGCUACAAAGUUUACGAACAAAUUGGUGGUUAAUCAGAAUGAAGAGCUUGAAGAGGUGAAGGCGGAGCUUGAAAAAACGAAGGCUGAGCUUGCUUCUAUUGAGGGCAAGGCUGAUAGUUCUGAGGAAAUAGCGGCUCUGCGCGGUAAGUAUGAGGCUGAGAAGAAAGUGUCCUCAGAUGCAUUGGAAGAAGUUCAAAGACUCACUGCAAAAAUAGCUCUGGAAGCUGGACGGGUGAAGAAGCGUCAAGCGGCCGACUUGGAGCGUUUUAAGAAGGAAAAACAGGUGGCGGGUAGGAGGUAUCGCAGGGCAGUAACGAGACAUGAUGAUGUGCUUGAUACUUUUAAUUCUCGUAUGGAAAAGGUGCAGAGGUAUGUGGAAAAUCAGAAGGUUGUUCGCACAUCUAUGUAUGGAGUGAAUCAGAUUGUGGGAGUGCUUGAUGCUGCCAAGACUUGGAAGAAAGAGGCAAUAAUUAUUCCUGAUGGUAAGGUUAAUCAUCUUGCGAAUGAAUUGGUCCGGAGGAAGGAGAAAGCAAACUUGGUUGUUCGUGUUGAGUUUGAACCCAAGGAACUGGCUGAUAUCCCUUCCUUUGAUUUUACUCGUCCACUCUCUCCUGUUCAUCUGACUCUGACUGCGGGGGUUGAAGAUGUUGUUAAGGCAAGAGGGAAGGAGGAAAAUUGUCGUCGUGAGGAAGCAAGUCGUCGUCGUGUGGCUGAGCGUGCUGGUGCUGCGUCUUCGGAUGUGAGGUGUGAGGGUCAAGUUCCUUCCCGCCCGUAGUUUAGUUCGUGUGAUCGUCAAGGCCCUGCGUGGCUGCUGCUAUCUUUUAUUUUUAUGCUCUUAUUUUAGACUUUGGUUGUUAUGAUUUGAUCAUGUUGAUCUCUUUCGGAUAUGGAUGGUGGUCUUCUUGUUGGUUUUUGUUGUUAUGAUCGAUCAUGUUGGACUUCUUUUAUAUGAUGCUUGAAUUCUUCAUGUUUGUUUUCA